ACGGUCACGUGGGCGGGCCGGCGGAGUGAUUGCUAGGCAACCAGCGCCGCUCGCAGUGGAAUCAGCGGAGCUACCCUCCGGUUUUAACGUAUCAGAGGAUCCCUAAAGAAAACCAGGCUGGGGCUGCUGGGGCUGUGAGCCAUGGAAAAGAGUAGCAUCGUUGACUUCAAAGCUUUGGAGAAAGAGCUUCAGGCAGCACUCGAUGCUGACGAAAAGUACAAGCGAGAGAAUGCUGCCAAGUUGCGGGCCGUGGCACAGAGGGUGCCGUCCUACGAAGACUUCAGGAGUAUUGUCCUCGCGUCACAUCUAAAACCACUGGAGCGGAAGGACAAGGAGGGUGGAAGGAGGACUGUGCCCUGGAACUGUCAUGCCACUCGGGGAGAGACCCCCGGGGAGGGUGUGGCCAUUGAGAUCUCCCAGGAGGAGGAGCCCUUCCAGCCUGGGACCUCAGCAGAGUUCUACCGCGACUGGCGGCGACGCUUUCGGAGUGAACCCGAGCGCUACCAGGCCCUGCUGCAGCUUGGGGGUCCCAUGCUAGGCCGCCUCUUCCAGACAGACGUGGGGUUUGGACUUCUUGGGGAGCUGCUGAUGACUCUGGCCAAUCAUGUGAGGCCAGCUGACCAGGUGGUGGUGCUGGGGAUCCUGCGGGGCCUGGCGGGCACUGGGCGUUUCCCCCUGAACCUGAGCCUGCUGAGCCCUGCGGAACGUGAGGGCUGCCGAACCCUGUUCCAGAAGCUGCAGGCGAUGGGCGCCCCCGGGGCUGGGCAAGAGGUGCUUGGCAGGGAGGAGCAGGGGCUGCUGCAGGAGCUCUGGAGGCUGUACCAGCUCUGCUGACCACCCCC